CCACCAGAGUGAGUCCAGAGGCCCAGCACGUUGGACACAGCUCAGCGCGACUCGCGAACGACGCCAGUACUCUGUCCUAUGUGCCGGCAAGUACGCGGGCGUGGGUCCACCCCGGCCGUCCAAACACGCCACGUCAGAACCCCAAUCGACGGCAGCCGUCCGAUGCGAUCACCGCAUCCCGUUCGCAUAGGAUUUUCCAUCCCAGGCAUGGGCGUUGGGCGAGCAGUCCCCCCCUUCCACCCGCGUUCGCUUCUUCCCCAGCAUCCAGCAAGGAAGGAGGAAGAAGAAGAGGGAGGAGAGGGGACGGUCCGCGAAUCCUGCCUAGCCUUCGCCGCCUUCCUCCGCUCGAGCGGCUCGCCGAGGAAAUAGCGAAAGGGCGCUAUGAGUUCAGCGAAUGGUACAACCAAUGUCCAUGGGAAAGAAGCAGCACCGUAUGAGGAGCAGCUGUUCAAGGUGAUUUAAUGUCACCAGGAUUCGGUAUUUUCUUUGUUUGGCACUAAAUGAUUGGUAAAGUUAGAACUGACCUAGGACAACUAUCUGGAAAAUCAGCUCUAUAUUGCUCAGAUGCUUCAAUUGCAAGGUACCUGAUAGCAAGGAACUGGGACAUAAGGAAGGCUACUAAAAUGCUGAAGAAAACCUUAAAAUGGCGUUCAGAAUAUAAGCCAGAUGAAAUCCGUUGGGAUGACAUAUCUGAUGAAGCGGUAACUGGAAAAACUUACCGAACUGAUUACUUUGACAAGAUCGGGCGGAGUAUCCUUGUCAUGAGACCUGGAUGCCAGAAUACCAAGAAUGCCAAUGGGCAAGUCAAGUACUUGGUGUACUGUAUGGAGAAUGCAAUUCUAAAUCUGCCACAUGGUCAGGAUCAGAUGGUUUGGCUCAUUGAUUUUGCUGGUUUCAAUUUAGGCAACUUGUCAAUUCAGGUGACAAAGAUGACGGCAGAUGUCCUACAAGGCCAUUAUCCUGAAAGGUUGGGUGUGGCAAUUCUUUUUAACGCUCCAAAGUUUUUUGAGCCUUUCUGGAAGAUGGCAAGCCCCCUUCUUGAGAAGAAGACCAGAAACAAGGUCAAAUUUGUAUACUCAGAUAGACCUGACACCAUGAAGAUCAUGGAAGACCUUUUCAACAUGGAUGAGUUAGAAUGUGCGUUUGGUGGCAAGAACCCAGCUACUUUCAAUAUAAAUGAUUAUGCUGCGAGGAUGAGAGAAGAUGACAAGAAGAUGCCAUCAUUUUGGAGCCCUGAGAAUUCAGCUCUUGCUUCUGAGCCAUAUCAGAUGAGCAGCCAAAAAGCCCUAGGAAGCGUUUCAGGUGCGAAGACUGAAGAUGCUGGAUCUGGAAAGAUGGACGACAUGGAGACUGCUCCUGAAAAGAGUGAAGAAUCGGGUACUGAAUCUGGAGAGGAGGUACAAACACGGACUGAAUCAAGCACAGUUGAGCAGAAAAACUUGCCUGGAGAAGAUAAUGCCCCAGCAGAUAAAAGUGGCCUUUAAUCUGAUCUCCGGGUAUCACCAUGAAACAUAAAUGUGAAACAUUGAUAGGAGCUCUACCACAUUUCACUAAGGUUUGAACAUGAAAGGCGACGAGAAACUCUUUUAACACGGCAAAUCGGCAUGCCUGACUUGUUUUGUAGUCGGCACCUAUUUCUCUGUCCUCAAGAUCUUAUUUGGGGAACCUUUUCAUGACAGAAUGAGAUCUACCAGAUGGUAAAGAACUAAUACCAUACUGUUACCCUCAGUUUUCAUGACAGAAUAUGGUCUGGUGUUCAGUUUCUGAUAUGCCCUUGUAUUUUCGCUGGAAAAGAAAAAUACUAUUGUAUCUGGAGCUGUUGGGUUAAUAAUAUAUCAUUGUUCAGUUUGUAUUC